AUGGAGAACACACCAGUGGGGGAGGACAACUGGGUCGAGUAUGCCGACCGUCAGCUACGCGAGGCCACCAGCCUCGAAGCUCGCAAGGCCGUCCAGAACACGUUCCGGAAGGCGACCCACGCUGAACCUGGCAGUAUUAAGGUGUGGAUGGCGUUUUGCGAAUACUUUUGGAAGCUCUACAGCGACUCCCAAUCUGGAAGUGAGGUUGGCUGGUCCCCCGCGGACCAGCGUAUCGCGCACGGUACCUUCACUCUAGAUGCCGCGCUUAGCUUAUGGCAAGAGGGCUACGAGGCCGUCACGUACCGUCUUGCUGACAGCCAUGUGCUCUGGGAUCGCUGGGUGUCCCUGGAGAUGAACCUCCUGCGCCGCACCGCGACCGACGCCGGCAUCCGCAGAAUCACCCACCUCUUUAAGAACCGCCUGGCCACGCCCCAUGCGACCUGGGAUGACACGGCGCAGAAUUUCUCUAACUUCCUUUCCGACUACAACCGCCGGGCCUACGAGAGCGAGAUGCAGGAUGUGACCAGAGUAGCGCAGACCGCCAAGCGCCUCUACAACAUGCGGGACCCCUGGGAGACCAAACUCACCCAGGCUGCCCGGGAGGGUGAUCCUGCAGCGCUGCGAGGGGUCAUGUCCGAGUACACCGAGUGGGAAAUCCGCCUAAUCAAGUCCAAAGAUGGCGCGAGAGACCUCCAUGACAAUUUUCGGAUCUGCCUUGCCUUGUUCUCGCGAGCCCUCACUGGGCCCCUCGCUUCGGACGAGAGCACCUGGCUCAACUAUUGCGUGCUGAUUUCGACGACUCAUACCGAUACCAAGGCCGGCCGCUACCACCUUCCUCCGAACCUCCUCCCAAGUAUGCUCGACGUUCUCCGGUGCGCUGUGUGCCACAUCCCUUGGUCUGGCCCCUUGUGGGCCCGCUACAUCUUGACGGCGGAGGAGGUGGGCUUAACCUUCCAUGAGGUCGAAGGGAUCAAGCAUGCUGCUACGGACAGUCCGCAUCUGGACCGUGAUGGGAUGAUGGGAGUGGUGGAGAUGUAUUCUGCCUGGUGCGGCUAUCUUAAGCGGUCUGCUAUGAAUCCUUUGGCGAGUGAAGAGGCCGUCGAUAUUGCCGAGGUCGGUUUGCCCUCGGCCCUUGAAGACGUGACACAUUGGGGGAAGCGGAAAUAUGGGGAGACAUACCAGGGGGACCCGCAGUUCCGCCUCGAAAAGAUCCUUAUCCAGUUCUUGACCGACAGGAAAGAUGACGUAGAGGGUGCUCGUAGGGUGUGGGAAGGAUUGUCGCGGGUGGAGAUGCACGCCAACAGCUACGAUUUCUGGAUCAGCUGGUAUCAAUGGGAGAUGGUCGUGUUUGCGAGCGCCAGAAGUCGAAUCCGCAGCCCCACACCGGCGAGCAUCGCGCAGGGGCGGCGUGUACCGACUUUUGCCACCCGUGUCUUCCAGCUAGCGCUCAAAUUGCGGACGAUUGACUGGCCGGAACGGAUCAUGGAAGUUUACCUUCGGCAUUGUAACGAUUACGAGCUGCCCGAAGCACUACGAGAGGCGCAGGAUACGCUGUACAAAACACAAAAGGGUGUUGCAAAACGCCGGGAGAAAGAACUGAGACAGGCUGCGCUGGCCGCGCAGGAACAGCAGCAGGCUGCCGCCCAAAACGACCAGCCCAUGGCGGAUGCCGCAGCUGUGGACGACGCCAAUCUCUCGCCUGGGUCAAAGCGGAAGCGCGAGAACACACCUGGAGAGGACGACCACGACGGCAUCAAGCGGGCCCGGAGCGAGACAUACGGCGACGAGCCGAAGCGAGACCGAGAAAACACGUCGGUGUGGGUGGCAAACCUGCCCAAGGAUGCGACUCAAACGAAGUUGAAGCAGUUCUUCCGCGGCUAUGGCCACAUCAACAACAUCGAUCUCCAGCAAGAUGAGCAGACCGCCACCGCGCUGAUCGAGCUUGGUUCUGCUGAGGAUGCGAGGUCUGCCUUAGUUCGCGAUGCCAAGUACUUUGGCGAGCAUGUUGUGCAGGUUACACCCGCCACCGAUUGCACAUUGUUUGUCACAAACUACCCUCCUGAGGCGGACGAGCAGUACCUGCGCAGUCUCUUCAAAGACUGUGGUCAGAUCUUCAGCGUUCGCUUCCCGAGCCUCAAGUAUAACACGAAGCGCCGGUUUUGCUAUGUCACAUUUCGUGAGCGUGCAGCAGCGGCAGCAGCGACAAAAUUGGACGGCAAACCACUCGAGUCGGGCAAAUACAAGUUGCUCGCAAAGUACUCGGACCCUGCCGCGCGCCAAAACCGGCGUGGCGCGCAGGCAGAGGAACGUGAGCUCCACAUCGUCAACCUCCCUCGGAGCACAUCAGAAGACGACGUCCACGCCCUGUUUGCCAAAGCCGGCCGCGUCGUGAGUGUACGCGUGCCACGUAACAUGGCCGGGCAGUCACACGGCACGGCGUUUGUGGUCAUGGACACCAAAGCUGCGGCGCAGGACGCCAUCAAGACGCUAGACAAGCUCAUAUUCGGGAGCCACCCAAUCAAAGUCGAGCUGUCACGCCCCCCGAUCAACAAAAUCACCGCCACCAACCGGGCCACAGGUCCUGACAACAGCACACCCGAAGCUGGCUCUCCGGCCCCUGGAGAUGGAGAGGGCUCUUCCUCCCAAUCCGGAUCUGGAAGCGUCGGAUCCGCGCCCGCGGAGAUUGCGGCGCGCACCAUUGCGCUCCUGAAUGUGCCCGACACCAUGACAGACGCCCGUCUACGCGCUGUACUAGCAGCCGCACUGCCUUCGGGCGCCGAAGAUCUCACCAGGCUAGUGCUCCACCCGCAGCAUGGGGGUGCGGUACUCGAAUUUGCAAGCGCCUCGGCGGCGGGCAAAGCCGCGCUUACCGUGGACGGGCUGGAGGUGGACGCACCGAGCGGUGGUACCAGGACGCUGCGCACUGGGACGGUGUCGCAGCUCCUUAAAGCCAAAGGGGAAAAAAGGGUAGAUCGUGUUGACUCACCUGCUGCCGCUCAGUCGCACAGUGUGUCUGGGAGUGGUGCGGGCGCUUCUCAGGUGGACGGCCAGCCCCCUAAGCAGACGACUAAGAACACCGCCGGACUCAUGCCACCUCCACCCGUUAUUGUCCGGCGACCGGCUGUGGGAGGUGCGAAAUCCGGUGGGCCGAGACGAGCGCUGGGUUUCUUGGGCGGAGUGUCGAAGAAGGCGGGCGAGGGGAAGACGGGCGAUGAUACAAGUAAGAACCCCGACAACGAAGCUACAAUGACCAAUGGAGAUGGCCCAAAGAGCGACCACGCUCCUGUGACAACGACGAACACGGGUGGGAAGAGUAAUGACGAUUUCAAGAAGUUGUUCCUGGGCCCGAGCAAGGACACCAAAGUGGAGCAGGACGUGGGUGAGGGCGGGAAAGACGAGAAAGAGGCGGGAAAUUCGGAGGUGAAAGUGGUAGUUAAUGGUAACAAGGCGGAGUGA